AUGGUCCGUGCCGUCGACCCAGUCUACAUCCAGGCCAACUGUGAUGCCAACAAGGUCACUAUCCCAUCAUGCGCCUCCACUCCAUCAGGUGCCAAGUCUAGAGUUAAUGUCACCGUUCUCCCAGACAUCUGUGUUGUCAACUCUGACUGGUGCAAUGACGCCCCAAUCCCAGACGGAGGCUCCUACAAGCUGAUCUCCAACAAUGGAUCAUACGCCUCUUUCAACAUCUACAACAAUCAAGCUGAUUGCGCUGCUGGCACCAACUUGGUCAAGGUCUUUGACAACCUCUGCAACUCUUGUGAUCCAAAGUCCGGCCAGACCAUCAAGUGCUCCCUCAAGAACUCUGCUUCCGCCCUUGCUUCCUUCGGAAUGGUCACCGUUGUUGGAGUUGUUGCCACUCUCAUGUUCCUUUAA